AUGGAGAAUAUAACAGUUUCUACAGACAUCUAUUAUUCUACUGAAAGCAAUGAUACGAUUUCCACUGAUAAUGCCUCGUUUAUAGCGGACAAUUCCUCCACGUUUAACUACGAUUAUGAAAACAGUUCUUAUUAUUAUUAUUAUGAAUAUUAUGAAAACUAUUAUCUCGAAAUCUACAAUUUUGAGAUAUACGCGCUUGGAUACGUUCAGCCAAUACUUAUUCUUCUGACAACACUGACAAAUUUAUUCGUUGUCGGAUUUUUCCUGACCAAGAAAAACAGAGGAAAGGCGACAAACCUCUUGUUUGUAAGCAUAGCGUUCUCCGAUACAAUGACCGGCAUCACGUUACUGCCGAAUGGUUUCGGCGUCUAUGCAGCUGAUCGAGUCUUCCUUUCCAGAGAAUGGUGUAACACUUACAUGAUCCUGAGAUUUUAUGUGUCUCGAGUUUUCCAUACUGUUUCCGUCUGGCAGACGGUAGUUUUGUGUAUCCAGAGAUACAUGUGUGUUUGUCAUCCAUUCAUUUCGGGACGUAUAUGUACUUUCUGGAAAACGUUUGCAAGCAUCGUUGUAAUGUAUUGCUUGGCUAUAGUAAUGCACGUGUACCACUUGGUGAACAAUAAACUUGGACAUUUCAGAUGCCGAUGGCAGACGGAAAUCCCCUGCAAGGAGUCAUGCAUGUAUUUGUGGUUCUGUGUAACAUUACAACACCUCCUUCCUUGUAUUUUGUUGGUAAUGUUGACCGUUAUCACGAUAAAAGAACUUGAAAAGGCUCAAAGAAGGGUGUCAACGAUGUCCCACAGGAGAAGUGUCAGCCGUUCUGCACGAGAUAAAAUCAUUACUUACACCGCCGCUCUUAUUGUGCUAAUGUUCCUCAUACCGGAACUUCCACAUGGCAUAUAUAGACUGGUGUUUUUAAUCUUCAAACACGAAGGUAAUUACAAUGGAAUCUCACCAAUUCAUAACCACAUCAUAAUAUGCGUGUAUGAAAUUGUACUAACAAUAAGCUUCAACGCCAACUUCUGGAUCUAUUGCUUCAUGAUGCGUGACUUCCGGCACAAGGUGUUAAAACUUCUAACAUGCGGAGCUUUCAAACGGGGCUUAGCCAGGCUUCGAUCGCUUUCAAUGUCAUCUAGAGGCAGCGUAAGAACAACGCUCUCGCGCAGUAGUUCAAACGCCAGCAGAAACAGGGUAUUCAGUAGGACAACUUCCUUGCACUCAACGGCGUCGGAGAAUGUCCAUGCAGUUAUUCCAUUGACACCAACAAGAGGAUACGAUAAUAUCAAUUAUCAUGAGCAGUCAGCCAUGAAAGCAAAAGAAGAUGACACGAAUGAUGAGCAGUCAGCCAUGAAAACAAAAGAAGAUGACACGAAUGAUGACGUUUUUAUGUAG